AUGUCAACAACAACCAACCCCGACCCAUCUCCCGGCUCUUUAGCCUUCAUCCCCCUCGAAGCGAACCCAGAGCUCAUGACCUCCCUGCUUCACAAACUAGGCCUAAGCCAGGCCCUACAGAUCCACGACGUAUACUCUAUCACGGAACCCGAACUACUCGCCUUCGUACCGCGACCAGCCCUCGCUCUACUCCUCGUCUUCCCCGUCUCGGCAACAUACGAAUCGCACCGGCUAGCCGAGGACGCCGGCGUCCAGGAAUACACCGGCAGCGGCGACGACGAGCCCGUACUUUGGUACAAGCAGACGAUCCGCAACGCGUGUGGGCUGAUGGGUCUGCUACAUGCCGUGUCAAACGGGCCCGCACGGGGCUUCAUUGAACCCAACACCCCCCUCCACCGACUCCUAACGGCCUCCAUCCCGCUCCCCCCAGCUCAGCGCUCCGCCCUCCUUGAGCACACUCCCGAACUCGCCGCCGCACACCAAGAAGCCGCGAGCCGGGGCGCGACCGCGGCGCCCGACGCCCAGGACGACGUCGACCUGCACUACGUGUGCUUCGUGAAGACGGAGGACGGCACGCUGUGGGAGCUCGACGGCCGCCGCAAGGGCCCUAUUGCCCGCGGCAAGCUGGACGACGGCGAGGACGUGCUGUCUGACAAGGCGCUGCUGUGGGGGCCGCUGCAGUUCCUCGAGCGAGGGGGUGGCGAUAUGCGUUUUAGUUGCGUUGCGCUAGCUGGGUCGUUGGAUUAA